UCCUCGCUGUAUACAGUAGAACCGUUAAGUCCCCCCUCCCGUAAAUAAUUGAACUAAAGAGCAUUUCUUAUCAGCUGCUUUCGUUUCACGGUUCAAAAACUUUCCCGAGAACGGAUUUUAUGCUAUUUUCGAGUUAACUGUUGGCUGAGGUGUUAGAUAAUCGGACUUUGUGAGGGAACCAGAAUAGACUAUUCUAACAAAGAAAGUAAGUGCGUAAUAAGGCGGCCAAUUAUUUCAAGUGGAGCGAGUUGGUUUCAAGAAUGUUGCGUUUUGCGCUUCUUCUGGCGUUAGGCGCCCUGGCCAUCGCAGAGGACCUGCAUCCAUUGUCACAGGAAUUUAUUGAUGCCAUCAAUGAAAAAGCAACGACAUGGAAGGCAGGAGCGAAUUUCCAUCCUUCUACACCUGUAGCCACCCUCAAACGUCUAAUGGGAGUCCAUCCUGACGCUAACAAAUUCAGACUUGCAGAGCAGGCUCCGUUUUUUGGCGAUUCGGAAGAUUUGCCGGAGAAUUUCGAUUCUCGCGAAAACUGGCCGGAUUGCCCCACAAUCCGUGAGGUUCGGGAUCAAGGCUCGUGUGGAUCUUGUUGGGCCUUUGGAGCCGUUGAAGCGAUUUCAGAUCGGAUCUGCAUUCAUUCUAAUGCUACAGUUCAUGCGCAUAUUUCGGCCGAAGAUCUUUUGUCAUGCUGCCAUUUAUGCGGUUUUGGAUGUAACGGAGGAUUUCCUGGUGCCGCAUGGAGCUACUGGGCUAGGAAGGGAAUUGUCAGUGGUGGCCCAUAUAGCUCAAAGCAGGGUUGUCAGCCUUACGCUAUUGCACCAUGCGAACAUCACACAACUGGCAAUCGCCCAUCAUGCGAAGGUCAGGACAGUAAAACACCAAAAUGCCAGCAUGUUUGCCAAGCAGGAUACAAAAUCCCAUAUGCCAAAGAUAAACAUUUCGGCAAAAAGACAUAUUCGGUUACACGAAAUGCAAAGGCAAUUCAAAAGGAGAUAAUGGAAAAUGGACCCGUUGAGGGAGCUUUUACAGUCUACGAAGACUUCGUCAACUACAAGGAAGGUGUUUACAAACAUGUUAUGGGCAAAGAACUUGGCGGACAUGCUAUUCGAAUCCUCGGUUGGGGUGUAGAGCGAAACACACCAUAUUGGCUCAUUGCCAACUCAUGGAAUACUGAUUGGGGCGAUAAUGGAUUUUUCAAGAUCUUGCGAGGCGAAGAUCAUUGCGGCAUUGAGUCAGCAAUUUCUGCUGGUUUACCUAAAUUUGACUAAAUUUCGAAGAGUGCUUACUACUGUGAAACAUGAAUUUCACUUUGAAUUGUGAUCAACAACGAAAAAAAAAUAUUCUAGGUUAAAACAACCAAUAAUUUUGUAGUUCAAUUGUAUCAUCCCGAAAUCUCUCUAAUAUGAAUAAAUCAUGGUGUAGAAAUUUAA